AGGAGUUAAUAGGAAAAAGUCAUUGCGCGUCUCUCUCUCUCUCUCUAUUAUAUCUCUCUGUCCGAAAAACUUCAGUGUCUGAAAAUUUCGUGUAGUUGACGAAGACUAUGAUGACCGGCAACCGAGAUCUCCAGCAACCAAUUUUUUCCUACUAAAACGGUACCGUAUAGAACGAUCUGAAAAACUCCGAUUCAAUGGAAGGUGAUAAAGUAAGCGUUGUAAUUGACCUAUUGAAUGAGAUAGCUAACAUCUCAGACUUCAGACCUAUGGUGAAGAAACAAUAUUGUAAUUUAGCACGAAGAUUGAAGCUGUUGAUCCCUUUGUUUGAAGAGAUUAGGGAUAUGAAAGGUUCAAUCCCUAAGCAUACUUCAAAAGCCAUUAUUUCGUUCAAGGAAGCACUUGAAUCAGCUAGGGAAAUUCUCAGAUUUGGAAGUGAAGGAAGCAAGAUUUUCAUGGUCCUAGAGAGGGACCAGAUUAUGAAUAAUUUCUAUGAGGUGACAGCUCGGUUGGAACAAUCACUGGAUGGAAUUUCCUAUGAUAAACUUGACAUAUCAGAUGAAGUUAAAGAGCAGGUUGACCUGGUUCUUGCUCAGUUCAGAAGAGCCAAAGGGAGAGUUGAUGAUCCGGAUGUCAAGUUGUAUGAGGAUAUCUCAUCCCUUUACACUAAUAGCAAUGAUACAGCUACAGAUCCUGCUCUUUUAAGUCGAUUAGCAGACAAAUUGCAAUUGAUGGGAAUAGCCGAUCUUACACAGGAAUCACUCGCUUUGCAUGAGAUGGUGGCAGCAAGUGGUGGGGAUCCAGGGGCACGCAUUGAGAAGAUGUCAAUGUUAUUGAAGAAGAUAAAGGAUCAUGUGCAAAUAGAAAACCUAGUCAAGGAUGAUGCUGUAAUAGGAAAAACCCUUUCUUCAGGAUUUUACGGACUAGGGGCAAAUGAUAAGAAUCAUCAGGUCCCCACUAUCCCUAGUGAUUUUAAAUGUCCAAUUUCCCUGGAAUUGAUGAAAGAUCCUGUCAUUGUUUCUACUGGACAGACUUAUGAGCGUUCCUGUAUUGAGAAGUGGUUGCAAGACGGUCACGGGACAUGUCCGAAAACACAGCAGAGUCUCACCAGUACCGUUCUCACACCCAACUAUGUCUUACGAAGCCUGAUAGAACAAUGGUGUGAAGCCAAUGGCAUAGAGCCACCAAAACGACCCAGCAGUUCUGAGCCUAGCAAAUCAGCAUCAGCCUGCUCCCCAGCUGAGCGAAGUAAGAUUGAAAGUCUUAUCCAAAAGCUCACAUCUGGCAGUCCUGAAGACCAGAGAUCAGCUGCCGGUGAGAUUCGCCUUCUUGCAAAACGCAAUGCAGAUAACCGUGUAGCUAUUGCUGAAGCUGGUGCAAUACCUCUCCUUGUUGGUCUCCUCUCCGUGCCAGACUCCCGCACUCAAGAGCAUGCUGUGACAGCGCUUUUGAAUCUCUCCAUAUACGAGAGUAACAAAGGAAGCAUUGUAUCUUCAGGAGCAGUUCCCGGCAUAGUUCAUGUGCUGAAGAGAGGAAGCAUGGAAGCCCGGGAAAACGCAGCAGCAACACUUUUCAGCCUUUCAGUUAUCGAUGAAAAUAAGGUUACAAUUGGUUCUUCAGGAGCCAUAUCACCGUUGGUGACACUGCUGAGUGAGGGCACCCAAAGAGGUAAGAAAGAUGCUGCAACAGCACUCUUCAACUUGUGCAUUUACCAGGGAAACAAGGGUAAGGCAGUGAGGGCCGGUGUUAUUCCCACGCUGAUGCGACUGCUGACAGAACCUACUGGUGGAAUGGUGGAUGAAGCAUUGGCCAUUUUAGCAAUUUUGGCUAGUCAUCCCGAUGGAAAAGCUGCCAUUGGUGCUGCAGAGGCAGUGCCAGUUUUGGUAGAGUUUAUUGGGAACGGAUCCCCGAGGAACAAAGAGAAUGCAGCUGCGGUUUUAGUUCACCUUUGUUCUGGAGAUCGACAAUAUCUAGUGCAAGCACAAGAGCUAGGAGUGAUGGCUCCAUUGUUGGAGUUGGCUCAAAAUGGUACAGACAGAGGCAAAAGAAAGGCAACGCAAUUGAUAGAGCGUAUGAGCAGGUUCCGUGAGCAGGAGCUGCAAGAAGUUAUGACACAAAUGGAUCUUCAAGUUCCGAACGAUGAUAUCCAACCACCUUUGAUCAUUAACCUUGAAGACACCUGAAAUAUUUUGUUUAUAUUCCUUAAUGCUUAUUUUGUAUCUUUAAAAAAGUGAUGAAAGAGGCAUCUGUUUGGAGGAAAAGGUGGAAGAUCACCUUCCUGCUCCGCCAAGUUAUUCGUUUGUUUGUUUGUGUGAUAUACAGAGACAUAAUGCAAAAUGCCCUUGAAAGGAGGAAGAAGAGAUCGCCUGACAUGAAAAAUGUAUAAUUGUAACAUGUAAUGAACUAUUCUAAUCAUCCUCGAUAUUUAAUGAAGAGAUGUUUCGUGUAUUGGCCCCAAAAAUUUGUCCAUGUAUUUUUACAUUUGAAAACAUUGAUUUAUAACAUGUUGGCGAUGUUAUAGCUUC